AGGAGCCGGGAGGGCAGUUAACAAUUGCAGUCCCUUAGCGGGGUGGACAGGAGAUGGAGACCCGGCUUUUCUGGGACAUGGUUUUAAACUUUAAAAUGGAAACUUAAAUAGGAAUGUUGCUGUGGGACCCCUUGGAUGAGCAGAUUUUUGCAUCGAGGACAGAGCCUGGGCAGUCUCUCCCUUUCUCUUUGCCUCAUCACCAACGUCCACUUGUUUCUUGUGGGGAGACAGUAUGGACAGAUUUCUGGUGAAGAGGGCUCAAGAGGGCAUUUGGGGAAAGGGGGAGGAGCAAGAGCAGAGUGGAAAAGAGCUAACUCUAUUGGGAGGAGACAAAGAAAGUCCAAGGAAGAGGCCCAGGAGAGAGAUCCCAGGGAAUUGGGUCCACUCGGCAGGCCCCAGCUGGAGGCACCUUCGGGCCGAGGGCCUGGAUUGCGAUUACACGGUCCUGUUUGGCAAAGCGGAGGCGGACAAGAUUUUCCAAGAGCUGGAGAAAGAAGUGGAAUAUUUUACAGGUGCGCUGACCAGGAUCCAGGUGUUCGGGAAGUGGCACAGUGUGCCAAGGAAGCAGGCGACGUAUGGUGACGCUGGGCUGACCUACACGUUUUCAGGCCUUACAUUGUCUCCAAAGCCAUGGAUCCCAGUUCUAGACCAUGUCCGGAAUCAUGUCUCUGGGGUGACUGGACAGACCUUCAAUUUCGUGCUUGUCAACAGGUAUAAAGAUGGCUGUGACCACAUCGGGGAGCACCGAGAUGAUGAAAGAGAGCUGGCCCCUGGGAGCCCCAUCGCCUCUGUCUCCUUUGGUGCCUGCAGGGACUUCUUCUUCCGGCAUAAGGAUUCUCGAGGGAAGAACCCCUCUCGGAGGGUGGAGGUGGUCAGGCUCCAGCUGGCACAUGGGAGUUUACUGAUGAUGAACCACCCAACCAACGUUUAUUGGUAUCACAGUCUUCCCAUCCGAAAGAAGAUUCUUACUCCACGUGUCAAUUUGACAUUUCGGAAAAUUUUGCCUACUAAAAAAUAAAAUGUUUUUAACAGUUA